ACCGCCUCAUCUGCAUUGGCCAACUGCAACAUGGCAAACAAUAACCUCAAGAUCGUCUUCGGCGCCAUGACCUUCGGCAAGCCUAGUGCGUACCCAUCCCCCAACACCAAUACCAACACCAACACCAACCUAACACCUGAACCACGCAGACACCCUAGGCGCCCGCGUCCACAACGCCGAAACAGCCUCCCAAAUUAUUGACAUCUUCCAACGCCACGGACACACCGAGAUCGACACCGCCCGAGUCUACGGCGCCGGGUCAUCCGAAGAGAUGCUCGCGGAUCUGGAUUGGCAAAAACGCGGCCUGAUCAUGGACACGAAACUAUAUCCGAACGGCAUCCGACCCCUCCCCUCGGUUGUCUCUUACACGCACACCCCUGAGGAUGUCCGUCGGGGGCUCCUCGACAGUCUAUCCGCCCUGCGCACCACCAAAAUCGAUAUGUUCUACCUACACGGUCCAGACCGGGUACAUUCCAUCGAAGAGACUCUUCGGGAAGUCAACACCCUCCACAAGGAAGGCUACUUCACCCGUUUCGGGAUCAGCAAUUACAUGUCCUGGGAAGUCGCCCAGAUCUGCGAAAUCUGCAAACAGAACAACUACAUCAUGCCGACCGUGUACCAAGGAAUCUACCACGCCCUGCAACGGAGCAUCGAGGGAGAACUCUUCCCCUGCCUCCGAAAAUACAACAUCUCCCUAUACGCCUUCCAGCCCUUAGCCGGCGGAUUCCUCACAGGCCGGUAUACGCGGAAUCAAACGGAAUUCGAAGCCGGAUCGCGCUUCGACCCGAAGAUCAUGCAGGGGCAGUUACAUCAUGGGCGGUAUUGGAAUGAUGUGUAUUUUGAUGGGGUUGAGAAGAUCCAGGAGGUGGCGGGACGGUAUGGGUUGAGUGUGGGGGAGGUGGCGUUGCGGUGGUUGAAGUAUCAUUCGGAGUUAAGGGCGGAGAUGGGGGAUGCGAUUAUUGUGGGGGCGAGUAGUGUCAAACACUUAGAGACGAAUUUGGCGGAUCUGGAGAAGGGAGAGUUGCCGGAGGAGGUGGUGGGCGUGGUGGAGGGGGUGUGGCCGAUGGUGAAAGGGGUGGCGCCGAAGUAUUGGCAUUGAUGGAUGCUUUGAAGCAUUGUUUUGUGAUUAUCAUACAUCAUAUCAUACAACAGCCAACACCAACGCCAUU